AGGUUGACUGAUCCGCGCACGCCGUCAUUCUCACCCACAAAGAAAAUCUUUGCUUUCCUUGACGAAAGCGCUGGCGCAAAUCCCUUUGGUUUGAAUUCGAGCACCUUUGCGCUCGCGUUUGAAAUUUGAAUCGGUUUAGGCGUCUGAGUUAGUGAAUUUCCUGGGAAAGCUGGGUUUGAGGUUGGAAACACCAGCGGGAAGAGAAGCGAGAGAAGGAAGUGAUGGAUCCUAAAAAGUUCAAGACGCGUAUGGGAGAUCUGGCCCUAGGCCAAGCCCUCGGAGCAGCUGCGCGUGAUUACCAAAAGGAGUUGUUGGCUCAACAAGCUAAGACCUCCACACAUGUCAACGAUGAUUUGGACUUGGACGAGCUUAUGGAUGAUCCUGAACUCGAAAGGCUUCACGCAGAGAGAAUAGCUGCUCUGAAGAAAGAAGCAGAGAAGAGACAAGUCUUGGCGAGGAAAGGCCAUGGUGAAUUCAGAGAAGUUACGGAAGGUGAUUUCCUUGGAGAAGUAACCGGCACUGAAAGAGUCGUGUGCCAUUUCUUCCAUAAAGAAUUCAUUCGUUGCAAGAUCAUGGACAAGCAUUUACAACCUUUGGCCUUGACCUACUUUGAUACGAAGUUCAUCAAGGUCGAUGCAGAGAAUUGCCCUUUUUUCGUGACAAAGCUUGGCAUCAAAGUGCUUCCCUGUGUUAUCCUAUUCAGGGAUGGCGUAGCCUGUGAUAGAAUAGUUGGAUUCGAGGAACUUGGAGGAAAAGAUGACUUCCCCAAAGCUGCUCUGGAAGCCAGACUGCUUAGAUCAGGACUCAUUGUCAAGAAGCAAAAAGCGGAACAGGAUGUUGAUGAAGGACCACGAAACGUGCGGUCUACUACCUAUGAUGACUCAGAUUCUGAUUGACCUGAAGUCAGAAGACUUUAGAUAGGCGUGAAAACGCAUGGGGAAGGAGAUACUGCCUGUUUGGUAUGAUAAGGAGUUAGAAGCGGAUUCGUAUCUAUGAAAGAUACGAAUGGGUAGACUAGUUUGUGCUAUACAUUGUGACCGAAGUAUCGGAGUUCAGCAUUUGCUCUCUUACUUCAUCGGUGGAGACUCGUGAAGAAUGGUCGCCUGGCUUCACCCGUGGAUCUGGAGAAGAAUCUGAGGAAAUGGUAAAUAUCCUGAGAUGCUCAACAGAAAAGAAUUGGGCCGUAUUCAUUUAGUCACCGAACUACCUACAGCCUCCCAAGGAGAGAAGACAUCAGGACUCAUAAGUUGUUGAUGAGAAGGUUGCUCGGUGUCACCCUUCUAACUCUUUUUAGUAUGCGCUCUAGUUAUUGAGGUGCUUAUUUAUUAACAAUCUUUGUACACUAAACCCUCCGCUUCCACUAGUUUCUAAGAUAAAGUUUCGCUUAUGCUAAGAGGUUUCAUUUUCCCACUUGUAUUCGAGGAGAUAUCUGCAGAUUUUUUUAUCAUGAUCAGGGUUGUAUCGUGCAUUUUUCAAGAAGCAUGGAUAUGGCCACACAUUUUCACACAUUUAUCCAAAA